GUGCGCGGUCGUCACCGAAAUCCGGUUUGUUUUCCCAUUUCCAUGCUUUUCUUUCAUACGACGCUUUGGCCCAUCGACUCGGCAGCACAGAACUGGGCUAAUGAAAAGUGUCUCGUUAGCUCGUUCCAAUUCAGAUCAGUUUGUCGGCUGUUAGUUGCCUCGGGACACGUUAUGAGACAAGCCGUGUACUCCUGGUGUUUGACUAUUCUCCUUUUCACCGUUCUAACGUCUCGGAAGCUAGCCACAAUUUCUGUUGUUUGAUUUUCCCAAGAGGUACCUUGUGAUGUGAAGAGUGCUUAAUUUUUCCACAGAGACAGUGAUAGUGAAAUGAUUUAGCACGGAAGCAAUUAAUGCUGGAGGUGACGAAUAAUAGCUGCAAUGCCAGUAAACGGCGAAUAUAGGCUUACAGCUGCAAUGAAGGUGUAUUCGCUCCAAAAUAAGCCCCGCUGCUGUUAUGUUGUAAUUAUCAGAUAAACACGAUAAAAUCAAGUAUAAACACUAUAAAGUAUACGUCGUCAUCGACAGCAACAGGAAGCAGAAAGGACGCACAGCAGUUUGAAAAGACAUUGUACUAACAGCACAAAUCUGCAAAAAAAGAGAAUUUGCUUCAAGGAGGUUAGUGAUAGAAUAUUGGAAUCGAAAUGGCAAGCCGCAGGCAGCUGUCGGAUAUGCAGUCGUCCUCAUCCAGUGGAGGUGUCGGAGGAUCGUUUUCUGGUGGUCUAAGCAGUAGCAUUGGUGGAGACGGAAGACCUGCUGGCGGAGGGGUAGGAGGAGGAGGUGGAGGAGGCGCGCCGUUAUUGUUGAAUGAUUCCAGCCAUUCGUCUUCGGGAAAGAAACGAAUAGCGACCCUGAAUGGUAUACCGAGCAGUACCGAUGACAAGAGCAACGAUUUCCUCUGCCCCAUUUGUUUCGAUGUCAUUAGUGAAGCGCACAUAACCAAAUGCGGUCACACUUUCUGCUACCACUGUAUAGUAAAGUCGAUUGAAAUGACGAAAAAGUGUCCAAAAUGUAAUUUCACUCUUUCCUCACAUGAAUCAAUAGUGCCGAAUUAUUUGCUCAACGAGUUGAUAACCAAAUUCAAACUGAAGAGCAAACGCAACGAUGCAAGCAAUACUCAUUCGGGCGAUUCGGCAGAUACUUUGAAAAAUUUCCUAGCCUCGGAAUCAAAGAAACUGUCUCUCUCAGACGUGAACGUUAUGCUGGAGAUACUUAACCAGAGGAAGGUCCUGUUGGAAGCUGAGUCAUGCGCUGCUCAGAAUCGACUUUUGCAUGAGUUUUUGAAGCACUUGCUUCAGCAAAAGGAACAACAGCAGUUGCAGGUGGCGAAUGAAAUUUCCCUCAUAAAGAAUGACAUCAUGGAUGUGGAGAAAAUAUUAAAAGAAGUACAAAGUAGCUGCCCUACCGUAGAAGAAGUAGAAAACAGUGUAAAGGACGAGAAAGACGAGCAUGUCGUCGCGAUCAAGCGGGAGAUUAUACAAAUCAUAGACAAAAUUGACACCAUCACAGUACCGUCGCACAGAAGCGAAAAUUCAAGUGAAGGCUUCAAUUUGUAUAAGAAUGAUCCGAACUCUGCUUCCUUCAUGGCACGCAAACAACGAAUGUACCAGCAUUUUGAUGACUUUGUUCAGUGUUACUUUGCCGCCAGAAGUGAAGAACUUUACUUCGGUAAAGAUCGCUCGUUCAGUUCGACAUCACUUGAUUCCUCAGCACAGUCCCGAUCUGUGGACACGACUCGAUCAACCAAGUCGUUGGAUACGUUCCGGGAGAACCUGAUUAAGUUUUCCAAAUACAGUUCGCUUCGUCCAUUAGCUACGCUCAACUAUUCCUGUGAAUCGAGCUACGUGUCUACUAUUGUUUCAAGCAUCGAGUUUGACAAAGACAGCGAGUAUUUUGCAAUUGCUGGUGUCACCAAGAGGAUAAAGAUUUUUGAUUACUACACAGCCAUAAGGGACGCAGCAGUUGAUAUCAAUUAUCCCAUCAACGAAAUGAUGUGCAAUAGUAAAAUAUCUUGUGUAAUCUGGAACAACUAUUUCAAGGAAGUGUUGGCAUCAAGCGAUUACGAAGGUAUCGUCACUGUUUGGGAUGUCAGCACAAAGACAAGAACCAAAACCUACGAAGAACAUGACAAACGUUGUUGGUGUGUUGAUUUCAACGAAGUAGACACCCGUCUGUUGGCAUCCGGUUCGGAUGAUGCCCGCGUUAAACUGUGGUCUCUCAACGUGGAUCACUCUGUCGCUACUAUCGAAGCACGUGCUAACGUGUGUUGUGUUAAAUUCAAUCCGAAAAGCUCUUGUCAUUUGGCGUUCGGUUCCGCAGAUCACUGUGUACAUUACUAUGAUCUCCGGAAUAUCAAGGAACCACUAUGUGUUUUCAAAGGUCACAAAAAGGCAGUUUCUUACGUGAAAUUCCUUAACACGACUGAAAUUGUUUCGGCAGGAACCGACGGUCAGUUGAAGUUAUGGAACAUUAAUUCACCACCAUAUUGCCUACGAUCGUUCACUGGCCACAUCAACGAAAAGAACUUUGCGGGGUUAGCUACUAACAACGAUUAUUUGGCUUGCGGUAGCGAAGACAAUUCGCUCUGUGUGUACUACAAAGGACUGUCGAAACAGCUGUUCAAUCUAAAGUUCUCCUCAAGUGGAUCAAAUCGAUCGAUGACAGAAACCGACCGCGCCACCGAAGGAACAGAUUUCGUAUCGGCCGUAUGCUGGCGAAAGCAGAGCAACAUUAUCAUUGCCGGGAACAGUGAAGGAAUCAUCAAGAUUUUGGAGAUCGUCUAAGCCUGAUUAGAUGAAACUGUUCAUGUUUUUUAUCUCUCGUUAAUUUGUUGUUUCUUACUUUAUUCUACACAAACUCACAAAAUCGAAACAAAAACAAGCACACAGAUACACAUACUGAACGAGUGAAAAAGAAACCCCUAAACGUUUUAAACGGUGUUAAAAUAAAGUGAUAGACUUACGAUAGAGAUAAAGCGCUUUAUUUUGUUAUAAGAUUUUUCAAAAUAAGUAAUAGUAGAGUAACAACUUUAUAGCGCCACUUGUCGCGGCAUUCCCUCAUUGACGAGGAGGAACUGAACUAUAAAAAAGAGAUACAAUUUAGAGACAAAAUUAACCAAUGUUGUCCAUUUAAGGUGGAACUUUAAAUCCGUACAUUUUGUAGUUAGAGGUUUACAGUAGUUUGAUGUUAGAGCUCAAGGCGAGAAAGGAGUCAAUUACUGUACGGCCAAAAAAGAGUUGAUAUAAAAACUAGUUAACACUACAAUGAGGCAGGACGCAAUUGGGUAGAUUUGAUGUACCUAGUCGAAUGUGUAAGGUUAUUUACAAAAUCCCAUGUACGGAUACAACUAGAACAGACAACUGUUACGUCACAAAAGCAAUGUACCGGCCGAAUAGUAGUGUCUAUGUGCUAAGCCUCUCCAAGAGAAAGAAAAAUAUAAAAGUAGGUAAUAUUACUAUAUCUAACAUUCUUCAAUGUGGAAGACAUCAACUAAAAUAAACGAUAUGCACUGAUUGAUAAAAAAAAACAAGGAACAAAUAAAUAUUUCAAAAAAACGAAAGAUUAAAACAGUUGUAUGUAGUUCAUAUACAUCAAUGUGAAGAAACAGAACAUACAAAUCCCAAUGCACCUCGUUAAUUUUGAUUCUUUAUUAAACUUGUCUUGCUCUGAAGAA